CACCUCCUUCAUCCAUCCAUCUCUGCUCGUGUCUACUCAUCUGUUAACAACAAUGUCGCUGCGGCCUCUGCUCGCCACUCCAGGCGGUCUAGGCUUGCGCGGUUUAUCAACCUUUGCUAGGAGACCACAUCCGUCUCACGUUGUCCGCUCUCUCCCAUCCCGCCCCUCCACCACCCACCGCACCUUCUUCACCUCGACACUCACCGCCCUCUCCGAAGCCGUCGGGUCGACGCCUUUACCAGGCCUCCUCGCCGCAUCUCCCGUGCCGCUUUGGGCCUCCAUUGUCGGCCUCGCCCUGACAGUACGCCUCGGCAUCACUUUCCCCCUGCAGCUGUGGCAGCGGCGGCGCGUGUGGCGUGCACGCAAGUUCGUCGUGCCCGAGAUGAAGCGGAUCAACGACGAGCUGGCUGUGCAGAUGGCAGUACAGAGCAAACGCGAGGGGCUCACAUAUGAAAAGUACCGGGAACGACUCAAGGCCGAGCUCGCUACUCGCCAAGCCGCCCUUCACAAGAAGCACGGUACGCACCCCACGACCACCAUGCUCGUUCCACUCGCCGUCUCCGUCCCCUUGUUCAUAGUGAUGAGUAUGACGAUCCGGCAAGCUGUCACAACAUAUCCGGAGCUCGCUGCCCAGUCCUUCCUUUGGGUCGAGCACAUGGGUCUCCCGGACAAGCAGUGGAUCCUGCCGAUGGUUGCGGGUCUACUGGGAUUCGGAAACGCGGAGAACGCCAGCGUGCGCUACGAUGCGCGUAAGGAGGCAGCGGCGGCUGCUGAGGCCCCAUCUUCAUCACCACCUUCCUCCACCCCUCCACCCUCCACUCCCUCCUCUUCUCCCUCCACUCGUCCCUCUCCUCCACCGUCCACGACACCCCCCUGGAAGCAAACACGAAAGUUCUCUACCACGCCUGCCCAAGAGGACAAGCAUACUGGCCCCCAGCACUUUGGCAAGCGACGAGUAGCGGCCAAGCCCCGUGCGGUGGCGCAGAUUCCAGGCGCGCCGAAGCCAACCCUCCAGCCAAUGCGUGCGACGAAGGUCAAGGGACCCAAGGCAAGCGACAUGGUUGAAGAGACGCACUGGGCCGCACGACUGCUGCCACAAAACCGCGAGUGGGUUCAGAAGGCACUCACGACAACAUUGCGCGGCGCGAGCUUCCUCGUCAUUGUUGUGGGGCUUCAGAUGCCUGCGGUAAGUUUAAGCUGGGCCUGUGAGAGCGAGUGAUACGCGCGAGUGCCGAUGAGCUCGGAGGAACUGGCGAGACUUGUUGAUGACGGGCUGUACCAUUCACCUCUGAUGGUCUUUGUCUGAGUUGGACCGCCGCGACGUACCCAUCAGUGUCUCAGAGCCCACUUUGCAUUGCAAGGCCGCGAUCCGUGAUCCGCUGACCUCAGGCCGUCGUCUGGUACUGGACGUGCAGCAUGACCUUCACAUUCCUGCAGAACAUUUACUUCGAC